AUGGGCUCUGGCUCAGAAGCAGGCCAAGAAGCUCCUGGCCAGGAAGGGGGUGGAGAGGAGGAUGGGGAGAAGGAGCAGGGGCGAGAAGAGGAAGAUGGAAAAGAGGAGAAGACAGGGGGAAACAAUAAUGAAGAGGGAGAACAGGAAGGAGAAAAUGAUAACAAGGAGAAUGAAGAGGAUGAGGAAGAGGAGGAAGUAGAAGAGGAGGAGGAGGAGGAGGAGGAGGACAGACAAAAAGAGCAUGACAGGCCUGGGAGUCCUGGGAGCCCUGGUGGCCGGCCCGGAGGCCAACCGCCGGAUUCGUCACCCGGCCCAUCCGCACUCGGACGGCAGAAACCGCAGACGAGCCAUCAGGCCGGCAAGGGGAACGGCCGUAGACCAGGCGGAGCCCGAGGCGGUCCCGGCAAAGGCGCGACGUCCACCACGACUGGCGCCAUCGGAAAGUUUUUCUUGGCCGUGGGCUCGGCGCUUGGAGCCCAGAAACAUGGAAGACAAGAAAAAGCGGACGACGGGUUGCGGCCUGCCAAGAGACGCAGGAUCCACCCGGCUCAGCCAGGUCGCGAUGGCGCUUGCGUUGCGAAGAGCACUGGCACGCAGUCCCAUCCUUGCGAGCCCGAGACGAGGACAUCGGCCAAGAGACGAGGCACCUCGUCUGACAGGGAGCAAAUGCAGGUGAAGAGACCGAGGCUGGAGCAGAGACGCGGCGCCGAAUAG